GUUUUAGUCAUCCGCUGCUACUUUGAGUAUUACGGUAGUUCUUCCACGGCCCUUUUUGCUUCACUCUGCUCGCUGAUUGGUCGCCACUGUUGUCACAUGUCCAGAGAACAGCGGAAGAAGAGGCCGCAGAAAAGAGGAUCACUGUCGCUGUCAGCAUGCAGAGCACCACUAACUACCUGUGGCUGAUCUCAGACCUGCUGGGUCAGGGAGCCACAGCCAAUGUUUACCGAGGCAGACACAAGAAAACGGGCGACCUGUAUGCCGUGAAGGUGUUCAACAACCUGAGCUUCCUGCGGCCACUGGACGUUCAGAUGAGAGAGUUUGAGGUCUUGAAGAAACUGAACCACAAGAACAUCGUGAAGCUGUUCGCCGUGGAGGAGGAGUCUAACACCCGGCACAAGGUGCUGGUGAUGGAGUACUGUCCCUGUGGAAGCCUCUACACCGUCCUCGAGGAAUCCUCCAACGCUUACGGGCUUCCUGAAGACGAGUUCCUCAUCGUGCUGCACGACGUCGUGGCCGGUAUGAACCACCUGAGGGAGUACGGCAUCGUGCACCGGGACAUCAAACCGGGGAACAUCAUGCGGGUGAUCGGGGAGGACGGACGCUCUGUCUAUAAGCUGACCGACUUCGGAGCGGCUCGAGAGCUGGAGGACGACGAGCAGUUUGUGUCUCUGUACGGCACAGAGGAAUACCUGCACCCGGACAUGUACGAGCGUGCGGUUCUGAGAAAGGACCACCAGAAGAAGUACGGAGCGACAGUGGAUCUGUGGAGCAUCGGGGUCACCUUCUAUCACGCCGCCACCGGCAGCCUCCCCUUUAGACCCUUCGAGGGGCCGCGGCGCAACAAGGAGGUCAUGUAUAAAAUAAUCACAGAGAAACCGUCAGGAACCAUCUCCGGACACCAGAAGAGCGAGAACGGGAAGAUCGAGUGGAGCACCGAGAUGCCCGUCUCCUGCAGCCUCUCCAAGGGUCUCCAGAGCCUGCUGACCCCGGUGCUGGCCAACAUCCUGGAGGCGGAUCAGGAGAAAUGUUGGGGCUUCGAUCAGUUCUUCGCUGAGACCAACGACAUCCUGCACCGGACCGUGGUCAACGUGUUCAGCCUGCAGCAGGCCACGCUGCACCACGUCUACAUCCACCAGUACAACACGGCAGCGCUGUUCCAGGAGCUGCUGUCCCGGCGCUGCAGUACCGCUCACCACCAGGAGCUACUGUCUGAGGGCCGCCGCCUCGUCCUCGACCCGAACCGCCAGGCUCAGAACUUCCCCAAACCUCCAGAGAAAACCCCGAUCAUGCUGCUGAGCCGCGUGCCUCGCCACCGUGGGCAGAUCUUCGAGGACCCGAGUCCUCCUAAAGUCCAGCCUCGCUACGACCUGGACCUGGACGCCAGCUACGCUAAGACGUUUGCCGGGGACGUGGGUCACCUGUGGAAGACUUCGGAGUCUCUGCUGGUCUACCAGGAGCUGGUGAGGAAAGGAGUGCGAGGCCUCAUAGAACUGAUGAAGGAGGAAUACAGUGAGAUUCUGCACAAGAAGUCUGAGGUCUUCCACCUCUGCAACUACUGCACCCAGAUCCUGCAGAGGACGGAGCAGCUGUUUGAGGUUUUGAUGCAGGCCAACAUGCUGUCUACAGAGUACGACGAGAUCUGUGACAUGCACAAGAAAGUCCUCAGAAUCUCUGGUUCUCUGGAGCCAAUAGAGCGGACGUCUCAGGACCUGAAGUCCAAGUUCCUCCCCUCCGGUCUGCUCAGCGACAGCUGGAUCCUGCAGGUGGGGACGCACCCCGAGGACAGGAAUGUGGAGAAAAUCAAAGUCCUGCUGGACGCCAUCACAGCGAUCUACCAGCAGUUCAAGAAGGACAAAGCUGAGAGACGUCUGCCGUACAACGAGGAACAGAUCCACAAAUUUGACAAGCAGAAGCUGGUGCUGCACGCAACCAAAGCUCGCUCCCUCUUCACAGAGGAAUGCGCCAUGAAGUACCGCCUCUUCAUCUCCAAGAGCGAGGAGUGGAUGAGGAAGGUGCAUCAUGUGAAGAAGCAGCUCCUGGGAGUCUCCUCUCAGCUGAUGAACAUCGAGAAGGAGAUCACUCUGCUGAUGGACCGAGCACUCAAGCUACAGGAGCACGUCCCUCAGAAGCUCCUCCCCCUCCUCUCCUCGGGGAUGAAGCCUCAGGCCUUCCUCAGUCAGAACACGCUGGUGGAGAUGACCCUGGGGAUGAAGAAGCUGAAGGAGGAGAUGGAGGGCGUGGUGAAGGAACUCAACGAGAACAACCACUUCCUAGAGAGGUUCGGGACUCUGACGCUGGACGGGGGUCUGAGAGGAUAAAAAGAACGUCAACAAAUCUGAAAAUUAUCUUCAUGUAUUUGUGUUUUCGGAGGUUGCUGCAGCGUGUAAAUAUCCUGAGUUUAUUUCCUGUACAUAAUAAUAACAAGCGGCUCUCAGAGAAGCGUUCUACUUCCUGUGUCUGAACAGUGUUACCCUCCUGCUGCUUCAACACGCUUCAAAUGCUGUAAAGAAAUCCCUUGAAAUACUUUAAUACUUCAAUUAAUCCUUAAUUUACCCCUUAAAACACAGGCUAAGGUUGAAGAAGUUAUUUUAAUUGAAAUAAACAUUUCAUGAGGACAGGAAUUAUAAGCUGUAAGGUAUUAUUAAGAGUAAGGGAUUUUUGGAAAUGAUUUAUGUUAAACCCUUAAAUAUCAGAAAUAAUUCAAUUAGAUAAGCAACUUCAAUUUAAAGCAUCCAUUAUUGACUUUACAUUAAUAAUAAUCUGUAUAUGUUUUAUAUUCAAAGAAAUUAAAUAAAACACAUUCUACAAACAUGGUGGAGAUUUCGGGGUAAAUUGAGGACUAUUUAAAGUAUUUUAAGGGUUAUUGUAUCUGGGUUAUUAUAAAUUGAGAUAUUUUAAAGUUUUUUUCGCAUCUUUCUUUAGUUGGUAAAAAUAAGGUAAGGGUUAGUUUUGAUGCUAUUUGGUCCGAUUUUAGGAGGUUUUGAACCCUUAAAAAAGGCCUUACUGUGCAGAAAAGAUGUUAAAAAUACCUUAAAUAUAAAACCCUUAAUUAUGUCUUUAAAAACCGUAAUUACUUCACCAAUAUUGUGUAGACUGAUGGCCUGUGAAAGUGAAAAUAUUAAGGGGGUUUAGUUUAAAAUGUUGAUUACAUUUGGUUUUUAGUUAUUGUUCUUAAAGGCCGAUCAAUAAUGAACGAGGUUAAUCAUGUAUUAUUUAAUCAUAGCAGGUCAGUAUAACCUCCACCUUUUACUUUUAGAAACAUGUUCAUGUUUUAUUUCUGUCGAUAUCAGCGUUCAAAACGCUCACAGAUGGAACAACUUGUAAAUAAAUAAAAAUGUGUCCUAUCAAAAA